AUAAUAUUAAAUUUAAAGAAAUUACAGAUGAGAAAAAAAGUCUACAUUAGAAGUAAACGGGUAGACUGAUCUACUUUGGGGUUAAAAGAAGAUUUACACAAAAAAUGGAUGCACCUGACAACACUGUUACAGAAGUUAGAAAAUUAUUACAAAGUCUACAAAAGAGCUUUCAAUGCACAAUAUGCUUGGAUUUGUUAUCUCAACCAAUAUCAACUAAGUGCAAUCAUCAAUUUUGCAGUCAAUGUAUAAAAGAACUGCUGGUGAAAAGCGACAAGAAGAGGCCGGUUACUUGUCCUCUUUGCAAGAAUAAAAUUACAAAAAGAAGCAUAAAUUCUAAUCCUCAAAUAGCAGAGAUAGUAACCUGUGUCAGAGAUGUCUGCAAUGCUGCUGAUGAUGAUUGUGAAAGAAUAGUAUUUUUAGGUGCCACACCAAUUUUAUCACAGCGUCAUAAAAAGACGAUAUACAGAAACAAAGUUAGAAACAAGAAAGUAAAAAGCAGUUUAUCAUUUGUCUCCAAUAACAACAGCAAAUCACAUUCCAUAUUUGAUUUGAUUUCUGAUGAUGAUGAAGGCGCGCCUAAAACAGACAAUAACAAAUUGUCCAGAAAAUCAGACAAUAAUAUUAUUGCCAAUCUGGAGUCUAUUGAUGCUGUGAAUAAUAAACCUUUUGAGGAGAGCACCACAGUGUACAAAGAUGUUAAAGACGAUCAAAAAGGAAUUAUUCUAGUAAAUAGAAAGCUGUCAAAUCAUGAGGAAAUGCUGAACAAAAAAAACAUUGAGGAAUAUAGUUUGCUUGAUCGAAUUAAAAAGGGACAUAAAAAUUCAAAAUCUCCUGAGUUAUCCAAUCCUCAAAAUUUGUCAGGAAAACGGAAAUCUUUUGAAUUAUCAAGUUCUACUGUUUUAACUAAUGAUGCUGUGCAGCCAAAGAAACGUAAAAAGUUGUCUAAAAAGCAAGCUAAACAGUUCAAAGAGGACAUAUUGGACAUUUCUCCUGAGAUUGAAUUUGAAAACAGUGAGAAAAAUUUUCAUAAAACUAAAAAUGGAAAACAGACUAAAGCAAAACAUAAGAACCACAGUCUGGAUGAUUUAAGAAGCUCGAUAAAUGUUUCUGCAUCUAUUGAAGAUGUUACAACAGCAAAGAAAGUCCUAACUGACAUGUGCAGCUCUGACUUGAUCACAAAAUCUGUGGCAGUAGAUUCUACUGAUCAAACAGUUCCACAAUCUGUCUCUACCGAUGCAACUGUCACUCCAGUUUUACCUGAUAUUUUUUGUCAGGAAAAAUGUGAAAGCAUUGAAACAACAAAUGUUACUCAAAACCAGGAAAGUGAAUCUAUAUUAAAUGAUGGUAUAGAAGAUACCACUAUAAUAGAAGAACCUGAGGUAAAAGAGACUGUAAAUGAAGACAACCCGUUGUUGACAGAUAUAGUCUCAUUACCACAGAGCAAAAAUGCCAUGGAAAUCGACAAAUGGGACAAAAUAAAUGAUCUACCAAUACAUUGUGCUCAGAAAAAUUCACCAAAUAAAAUAAAUCCUGAAAUUGUUCACCAUUCUGACAUUUAUGUUAGAAAAGAUGAAACUGAUGAAAAUACCAAAGUGAAUGAACAUUUAAAUAAUAAUGAAAUUGUAAGUACACCGCCAAACGUAAACAAAUCGUGUCAUAUACAACUCUCGCAAAUUUCUGUUAACGAAUCCCCUGGUAGCAUUUUCUUUCCUGGUAGUAAGAAAUCCGUAGUUAGUACUUGCAGAAGGAAAGAGAGUCAGCCAUUGACACCAUGGAAAUUAUCAUUAGGUAAUACCAUAAAUGAGACUGUUGACAUCAAGUCAUUUAUCAAUAAUAUUGAAAGUCCUAACAAAGACCACUCCAUGUUUGGUAACGUAUCCUUUUCAAAAGUUCCUCUUCCUGUGAAAAAUGGUGUAAUGAAGCCAGUUAAAAUCAUGUCUGCUGAAAGAAUAUCUGCAACAGAGGCUGUUGUAUCAAUAAAAUAUAAAAUGACUGUUGAAAAAUUAAGUUGUGAUUUAUACACAGGAAUGCAGAAGAAAUUGAUCGCAGAGAGAUUGCCUCAAAAAGAAAGUAACUCAAAGGUAUUGACUGGUACGAUAAUCAAAAACGAAGUUUUAGUUAGUGAAGAUAAUCAAGAAAAACAAAUUGUUCAAUCAAAUAAACAAAAUGAUUUUGAAGAAGAGAAUAAAAACAUAGAGAGUAAUAAACACUUAAAGAACUCAAAAGACUGUGUGGACCAAAAUAUGUUGUUAUCAGGGAAGCAGUUUUUGUUGUCAUCAAAAGGCAACAGUGAAGAAUUAAUUCCACCCACACCACCUGGAACGAAAGUACCAACAUCAUUCAGAAAGAGUAUGGAUAAUUCUUUACAUUGUCAAGACGUAGUGGACAAAAAGCAGCAGACACUUUCUCAUAUUCGUGACACCACUAAGGCUGAUGAAAAUGUUGCAUUGAUGCGCAACAAAGAUCCUACACAAGAACUAAAAGUAAACACUUCUGAUAUCGCUGAAAAUCAUAAACUAAUGGAUAGCAAAAGUGUAAUUCAAGAUGUAGAGCCGCAUGUAGAGAUACAAUAUACAGGUGGUAGUGAUCAAUUGCUUUAUGAUGAAGCUGAAAAAAUGGAUCUUGCAAAAUCUAAUAUGUGUAAUAACCAGGUUGAGACUUUAAUAUCAAAAAAAGCUAAUUUAACUGCUGAUGUCACUGAUGCAUUCAUGUGUGACAUAGGAGAUGAAAUUGAUGUGUAUACAAAUGAAAAAAAAUAUGUUUCAGGUGGAGAUAAAAGUGAAAAUGAAGAAAACCUGAGUGAAAGUCUAGUUGGCAGUUGCACGAAUGCUAGUUGUAUUGUAGACGGCAAUGAAAAAAAUGAAAAUAGUGUAUGUCAAAAAGAGGAAGAACGACUCGAUCUUGAUUUAUUUUCCGAGAAUAAAAAAGAUUUUAACCUUGGCAAGAAGUUUCGUGAGAACAUUAACCAACUUAAACGUGAAAAACAAUUAAGUCAGAACAGUGUUGAUUUUGAUGUUUCAGAGCCUGAUUUGAUAGUAGUCGAAUGUACAAACAGUAAAAAAGGCGAGAGAACAAGGAGUGACGACGGAGUUAAAUCGCAAGUUAACACUGGUGCAGUUAAGGAGAAGAUACAUAUGCAUAGUAGUGACAGUGAAGAUGAAAAUUUAACACUGAAAAGAAAGAAAAGAAAGAAGGAGGCGAAAAUUGUAAGUGAUGAAGAAACUAGUAGUGGUUGUGAGGAGAAUCCAGUAAGCAAUUUGAAACACGAGAAGAGUAAGAAACUAAAAAGGAGUAGUGAGGAUGGUCGUCAACCACAGGAGGUAGAUCAGUUACAGUCUGUUACCUUGUGUGAUACAGAUAACGAUGAUAAUGAUGAUGAUCAUGAUGAGAAAGUUCUACCACUGUGUAUCAGUACAGCAAAGAAGAUGGAAAGUGGUGAUAGUAAUAAUAAAAUUUUAUUGAAUCAGAAAGCUGCAAAACGUGAACGUCGUCGUUUGGAAAGGGACAGAAUUGCUGAGCACUUAAAAAAAUACAUUGAUGAAAUAAAGCAAAACGAUGAGGCUGAGAGCAGUGAUGACGACAUUUUAGAGAGAACAGCUUUUGAAGUAAAAGAAAUGCUUGAUGGAAAAAAAAACAAAGCAUCGGUUGGUGAAGAUAAGAACUUCUUAUUUGCCAGCGAGCAUCUGGAACAACAUGAAGAUCUCGAGAAAACAAAUGAUGUCUUAAAAGAGAACACGAGUCAGAAACCUUCAAAGGAAAACAAGAAAAGUAUUUCAGAUACCAAUUUAAAACUUUUGAAGCAACGUUUACUAUCACCCAUAACUAACACAGAUAUUUUAAGACUUCCAAAAGAAAAAAAGUUCUCUGAUUGGAAAUCGUCAACUGAGGAUAAAACUGAUGAGCCUUCUACAAUCAUUUCUUCAAGAAUGUUUAAUAAAGAACUUUCUCCAACAACACCAUCAAAUCUUUUACCGGUUCCAAUAUCACAAUCAACAAUUCUUAAGGAUAUGAGGAAGAAUGAUUUUAAAAAGCCAGUGAAUGUUAAACGGAAGUCCUCACAAGAUAAAACUUCUAAUAUCUCCUGUGUGGAUGCGACGCCUAAAGUCACAUGUGGUACACCAAAAAAAAUGUCUCUCCCUGAUGAAGUAAGAAUGUACGGUGAAAGAAAUAGAAAAAAUAUAUUUGCUACAGAAAAUAAAUAUUCUACAAAUCCAAUCAAGAAGCAGUCCCCACACACAACAACAACAAAUAUGGUUGAUGAGAAAGAAAGCGUGAAACAUCAGAAACCUGUUAUUAUGACGUCACGGUUGUCUAAGAAACAGGUGAAUGCGUGUACAAAAGUUUGUCAAAAACUUGGAGCUAAAAUCGUUCAAACAUAUUCAGAAAGUGUAACUCAUCUUGUUGUUGUGGCAGACGAAAACAAUGCAGUAGCCAAAAUGUCGUAUACAUACAAAUAUCUUAUGAGCUUAGUGGCUGGCUUAUGGAUUGUAGAUUUUAAAUGGAUAAUGGAUUCAUUUCAAAAUGAUUUGUUUGUGAAAGAGGAGAAGUAUGAAGUAAAAGGUGACCCCGCCGCUGAUCAUCAAGAUAUUCCGAAAUUAUACAGGCGAGCUCGAAGCAAGAAUUACUGUUUAUUUGAUGGUUAUCGAAUGUGUCUUGUGGGUAAAUUUGAACAAAGUCAAAUUGGAAGAGAUCAACUUUUAUCACUUCUUCGAAAAUCUGGAGCAGAAAUUGUAUACUCUUUAAAUGAAUUGAAGUGCUCAUCAAGUCAAAUCCAGACGAUGAUGAUAACUGAUGGUUUGAAUCAACUGACAUCAAGAGACAGAGAACUUCUUCAGCAGUACCCAUUACCUGUUAUUCAUCCAGAAUGGAUCGUCGAAUCAAUCAUAAAUUUCAGUAUUCAGGAUACCAGUAUCUUCGAUUUAAGUCGACAAAAAGAAGAUCGCUAAAUAUUUUGUUGUUGUAGAUAAUCUUUUAUUUGUAUAUUUUUUUAGUUUGUGUAGGUCUUUUAUAGUGAAUAUUAUAUUUAAUCUAGGAAAUUGUAAAUUGUGUUUUGUCUUUGAAAAGAAUUUUCACAUAUGAAAUUAAACAAACUUUAAAUAAGCAGCUUUUAAUUUUAAUGCUAAAAUGGAGAUUUAGUGUUUCGUUUACAUGGCGAUACCUCUUGUCAGCAAUUAUGUAAGUUUUAUUCAGCAUGUAUCGUACUUACCGUAGGAGUUUUUUCUUCUCUUUCUUUCAGAACCUUCCAACAAUAAGACCUCACCUUCCUUCCAAUAACCUCCCAUCUUAAAAAUAAUUCCUGCCAAUAAUACCCCAACCUUCAAAUAAUCUUAUCUAAGUUGAGUCCAAUUCUUGUAUUAGAGGGGCAAUCGGCUUGCGAGUUAAAAUUUAAAAUCACUCCUCAAAAGUAAUCUUGGACGUGGAAGUGGACGUGAGAGUGGGCGGUUAAUAAAAGAAAUAUGGUACAUUUUAGUUGUAUAAAUUAUGGGAAAAUUUUAUGUAGGAUAUUUUAUGAAAUUUUUAAAGUAUGGAACUAUUAAGUUGUUACUUUCAUUUACUCACCGUCA